AUCCGUCAGUUAAGAGGAAUGAGAGGGAGCGCCAAAAAAGAGCGAAACCAGCCUAGGCGUACAAGGAAAAUCGGGCACUAGGAAUGAAGGCCAGAUUGAGGGAAAUAGGAAGAAGAGCUGUUCUUCUGCCUCUCCCUGUACGCCGGAAUCGAUCUCGGGUUUCUCUACAGACUACUAUCCUGCUUCAACCGGUCGGGUAAGAUUGGAAGACACUGCCCAUGGCUGAAUCAGAACAUGUUCACCUAUGUGCCUGAAUCUCACCUGGGGGAUGAGACCAGACCAGAGAAAAAAUUCGAGGACAGCUUUUACCAAAGAGCUAGGAAUUCCUAGGAAGUUGGAACAGCAACAGCUAAAUUUAGCAACUCCGUUCCUAGAAUGUCUCUCCCUUCCUGAAACUUUGAGUUGUCACCGUAAGGAAAACACUGAAACAGAGGAUAGGUAUUGGAAAAUAAGAACAGAACAUCCCUCGAGUACUUUGAUAGAACAACAAAACAUUCUCGGUGAAAUUACGCAGGAAAUAUCGGUAACAGAUGAUAUGGGAAACUGCAAGGAUAAAGAAGAGAAAAUUGAAGAAUUAGGAGAACGAUUGAUUUGAAUUAGCCGAGUUCCAAGAACACAAAGCCUUUGUGUCUUGCAUGGACCGAUUACAUACAGUCCUGUUUGUAAUUCCAUCAUGGUUCUUUCAUGCACAAUGUUAUAGUAUAUUAUUGAUACUAAAGAAGAACUCAUUGAGUAACAUUGGACCAACAUCUUAUUCGGACUUAUGAUCUAACAAGCCUGUACAAUUCACAAUAGCCUGAUGUAUUAAGUCUAUCAAGCUAGAACCGUGCUACUACUUUUCCCCCAUAACAAAUAUAAUAGGAAGAGAAAACCGAAAAAUUUCAUGGAUCUUCAGAUGAUGUUAAUCUUGAAGUGGAGCUCCAAAUAAAAACGAAGCCAUUGUUUCUCGACUAAUGUUUCUUGCAUAUGUUACUGUGUGGUCCUUUAUGAAUGUUCUGUCCGGUAUGACAACUUUUGAUUCUUAUAAGAAUCAAGAUAACCACAUUUCCCUUGCGGCAAAAGUUCUUCCGAUUCCCCACGAAACUAAUAUGAAACACUGUCUCGAGCAUGAAGGUGUUCAAUUGCAUGCAAUGUGAUCGUUUGUAUUUGUCUGUCAACACGUGCAGAUUCGCCCAAGAAUAUUGUCGACUAAAUUCGAGGAGGGUGGUUGCUGCUCAAAUGUAGCUGAGCCCUCCAAUGAUUAGUUCCCAAUCGAGCUAACUAAAUUUGGCCUAAUCAAAGAUCAUAGAGAAAGAGAGAGAGAGAGAGAGAAUCCUAAUAAUAAUAAAUCAGUGAAUGUCAUGGAGGGCCGGGCGGGAGGUUUGUGUAUGUUAGGAAUGGACGGUGGAGGCAGCCACAGGUCCCUAAGGGUCAGCCCCGACAGCCUUCCGUUAUACGAUUAACUGCCCAUCUCUCUCUCUCUCUCUCUCUUUGAGCUGUUCUCUACUUCUUUUCCUCUCUUGUUCCCCAUCUUUUUUGGUUCCUUGUAACAAGAUCCUAGCUUCCCCCUCCUCUCCCCUGUGCCCUUCUACUUAUAAGCCUCCGACCGGGUCCCAAACUCGGUGAUACGCGUCCACUAUCUCCCCUCAAGCCUGAUCGGCCAGGCGGCUCAUUCGUUGCUGCCUCGGCCCACUGUCGUCGUUCUUUUGUUCCGGUGCCGAGAUACCGAAUAGCCAUAAAAACGAUAUCUCUUUUUGCGACGUCAGUCUUUGUAUUUUCUCCGCCAGGUUAUUUGUUAGGGGAGAUGAACAAGGACGCGUCAUCCUCGGCCUCCUCGUACGAGUCUUCGGAAUGCGAGGAGCUGGAGAGAAUGCCCCUUGCCCCGCCGCGGUGGAAGACCGGCAAGAAGCGGCUCUCCAAGCAGCUGUCCAUGUGCGAGACCCCACGGGACAUUGCCUGGGAGAAGCGGCGCCGGCAGAUCCUCAGGCAGGAGAGGAAGAAGAAUGGGCUCGCGAACGAUGGGGAUGGCGCCAUCACCGAUGAGGACCUCAGCGAGCUCAAGGGAUGCAUCGAGCUUGGGUUUGGCUUUAAGGAGGAGGACGGGCAGCAGCUCUGCAACACCCUCCCCGCCCUUGACCUCUACUUUGCGGUAAAUCGCCAGCUGUCCCCGAGCCCCGUCUCCACCCCACAAAGCCAAGGCUCCACCUCGUCCCUAGGUGGCCGCUCUUCCUCAUUCGGGAGUCCUAGGAGCGAAUCUGACACAUGGAAGAUUUGUAACCCAGGGGACGAUCCACAGCACGUGAAGACGAAGUUGAGGCACUGGGCUCAGGCCGUGGCUUGCUCUGUGAUGCAGUCUAAGUGAGAGAGGAGUUACGGAUGGCUUUGUACAGGGAUUCAUUCGAAAUAUCCAAUCAAACAAAAAAACACAACAAUGAAUUAAACAUGAGUAAGAGAAGAGAGACUGUAUGAGACAGACAGGUGAGGAGAUCAGGAGAGAGGAGGCUUAAUUAUAAGUUUAGGUUUAAAUUUCUUCGACCCAAAUCGACCUUUUGGUAUAUAUAUUAUAUUAUAUAUUUACUAAUCAUCAAUAGCUGCAACCGAAGACGAUUGGGUGUGCGGUUUUUCAGUGUUUUUCCCCUCCUUUGUAUAAGCCAGUAGGUUAAGUCUAUUGGUUCUGGAAUGAACAAUUUCCUCUUGAAAUAUCUCUCCUUUCGAUCUUCUUUCGCUCGUUCUCUCCGUAGAUUUCUUCCCUUCUUACCUACUCUCUGUGGU